AUGCCUCCGUCGACCGUGUUCUCAUACUGGCGUCGCGACCAUCGUCGAACAAGCCCUGCUCCUGGUUCGGCGUCUCCGAUAGGAAGACCAUAUUCCCCGACCACAUUUGCGGAUGCCCCGCCCCGACUUCCAGGCCUGCCAGCAACGACGACGACAACAACAACAACAUUCAGUGGAAUGUUUAUUGAAUCGCCGCAAGACCAUGUCGGCGCUUCACCUGCCCCUCCUCUUCCCUCUCAAAAGCAACAACAGCACCUCCAGGAGACAACUGGGGCAGAUAAGCGCCUGUCUGCCGCUGCUCUGAGCUCGCAACACUCUUAUAACAACCUCCGAGUGCCAUCCGCGCCGACAGACAACCCCGUACGUCCACACUCAAGCCCGGGGAAUACAGCUCAGCAUGAGGAAUUGUCCCCGGAAUCAGCCCACUCUGGCCAGCCGCUCUCGCCCAAUGGCCAACCGGACAUGCAUUCGCAAAAGCCAAAUGGGUCAUGGCGCUUGGGGUUUAAUAGAAACAGCGCCCAUUCGCUAGCCGAAGAUCAAAAAGACACUCGUCCUAGCAAGGCUGCCGGGAUAGACCUACGUAUCAAUACGAAUGUGGAGGGCGGCGUUGGUUUUAUCGGGGGUGUCUCGUUGAAGGAAAUGAAAACAGAGAGUGUACCAUUCGCUGGUCAUCAUGAGCAACAGGAACCUGCUACUCAACAACAACAACAACAACCCAAACAUGGGAAGACUAAACGCCAUCUUCUCAACCCCAUGACAUUAUUAGCACGCCGAAGAUCCUCUCAGAUAGCGAGCUCGCGUCUUGACGAAGGAAGCAUUGGAUACGCAAAUUUGGUGCCUGCGAUCCCAGACGAUUACGAUCCUAGAAUCCGUGGAAACAUAGUCCAUGACUUCUCCGCUCCGCGUCCGCGUCCGCAACUCUCUGGACGAGAUAGCAGUAUGGAGUCAUCUAAAAAGAGCAGCGUGCCGUCCAGCGCAGUGACACGCCACAGCGAGCACUCGCCGGUCUUCAAGGAGCACUUUGAGGAAGACCGCAAGCCGCUGCAGGUAGAAAGUAAAGGGUUUUUACAGUCUUCUUUGUUGACCGACGCUGGCUCCACGGACCAUGACCCUGCCGAUCUUCCUGAAUUUGCACGCAAGCUUCCAUCCAGUUUGCCGGAGCUUGAUGAUAACCAGUCUACAGUUGAACAAAAUGACGCGGCGGUGCUCGAGGCGCCGUUGCCUGCUUCUUCGAUACAGCCAACUCCUCGAUCAAGUCCGAAAAAGUCCAUUGAGUCCGCCUCACAGCCGGCUUCCAGCAUCCCCAUGCGCCUAAAAAGUGAUGCAUCAAGAUUCAGUUUCGACAUGAACGGCGUGGGGUCUUCUGCUCAAGAAAAGCUGCUGGAAGAGAACUACAAGGAAAAAGAAGCGGCGCGCAGGGAGGAGGCGCGGCAAAAUCGAUCUAGUUUUAGUGACUAUGAUGACGAUGACUUUGACUACGAUGCGAUGGAAGAUGACGGUGGGUUUGAGGAGCGAAUACCCGGCAUUAAUGCGGACGCAGAGGAUAUGGACGACCAAUUUCAGGACUUUUCUGGGGUUGUGAGAACAUCUGAACCGUCGUUUAUUCCUAUUCUGCCAACCAUAGCUGCCAGUCCUAUCAGUCCCUCGUAUCCUGAGUCAGCCAUGGUUGGUGCUGUUGGCAAUGCACAGAUCAAUGUCAACAAUGGGGGUGUUGUCUCCUCCAAUCUAAGUCGUUCUUCUUCAACAUAUAGCAGACACGAGGAUGUUCAGAAGGGGAGCGAGGCAUUAUCAGGACCUUAUGCAGUGUUGGCAACCGAACAAACUGCUAUCGGCACCUUGAAUACGAACAAUAUCGACGAAACAAAGCUUCAAUUGGAAGCAAGCGUCGAAGAAAAUAAUGCACACAACCUUGAUGAUUAUGAUGACGAUGAUAUGUAUUUCGAUGAUGGGGAAUUCGGCGACUUGCCCGAGAACGAAAACAAUGCGACAUUUGAUGAGUCCAUUUUUGAUAACGACAACGGACAGUUAUAUGAACGCAAGUUCUAUCCAGGGACCAAGAUUCCGGUCAAAUUGCAAGGAGGAGAAGAAGAAGAAGGAAAGGAAGACGUACCUGUGCAAAGAUUGGAAUCAGGACCUAGUACGCAGUCUCAAGUUAGACAUGUCCCCAGCUUGGUGAGCGAGUUUCGCCCAGAGUCCUGGGAUUUUGGCAACCAGAUCGCUUCGAAAUUGUCUAGCAGUGAAGUAACAAAGGUCCCUGGUGGUGUGCUAUCCGAGCACAAUUUGGAGGCCUUUCAUAGUGCCCUAGCUCGAGUGGCUGACGAGGCUGCUGCUGCUGGCAAUCUUCAACGGAACACCAGUCUAAGUGAGACUUCAUUGGGCCAGGGGAGCAAUUCCCAACUCAUAGAGUCACAUCCAGGUCUCAUCUCCGACGACAACAGAUUAAGCCAGGCUACAGGGUUCGAAGAUGUCUUGGACGAUUUCAACUACGAUGAUGACGACGGGUUCGAUGACGAUCUCAUAAUCGCAGAGGCCAAUGCAGAUGCCCUAGAGAAUGACGACGAAGGGUUCUACGGCCAGGAAUUCGGAUUCUAUGCACAAUCCAGUGAGAACUGUAACGAUGAGCCGAUCUACGGCGGUUAUUUCGGCACUCAGGGUCCAGGAAGCCUCAAUCGUAGCCACAGUGGCGGGGCCAAUUUCCGCGAACCAAGUCUAACUCCCAUCACUGAGCGCAGCGAAUGGAGCACGCGCAAUUCGAUCAUCUCUCUGACAGCGCUUGGCCCAGCUGCGGUGCAGCCCAAUCCCUUGGCAAACCCUGGUCUAUCUCAAUUGGUCGACAUGGAAUACAACGACGAAGACAUGUCGUUGGGCGCUCUCUUGAAGCUGCGCCGCGGAGCCUUUGGUGGUAGUAAUGGCAGUCUUCGCAGCAGCACAGGCAGCUUAUCUCCUCAACCUGCUCCAGUGGGGACGUCGAAUCGAGCCAGUUUCCUCAGUAUUCCCGAGGAUAGCCCCGUGGAGUUGAAUUCGAACAACACAGAGCUUGGCUUCCAACUGCCCGAACCCAGCCGUCGUCUGAGUCACAACCAGUCCUCGUCGCCUCUGUCCGAUAGGAAUAGUCUCCCCGGAAGCCCAACCAUGACUCUUGACUGGUUGACUGGUGGUGAGACGCGCAGCUCUGUCGGUGAUGGCGAAAGGCGCCAAGAACCUCAAGUCUUCGCACAGCAGAGCGAGCAGCCCUGCUAG